AUGGGUGGUUAUUUUCCUCAGCAAUGUCUUAGGGAAACAACUGAUUUCAGAUUCCCUGUGGAGAUUACUAAGGUCACACAGAAGAACAUCAUAAGGAUCAUCUAUGAAUUCCUUCAACAGAUCUUCCAACUAUUUAGCAAAAAUCUUCCUGUUGAUGUUUGGAAUACAAGCAAGAUCGAGAACUUCCAAAAUGGAAUUCAUCAUCAAAUUGAAGAACUGGAGACAUGUUUGUCAGAAGAACAAUCAAAAGCAAGAAACAAUUUUCAAACGUGGAUCCUAAAAACCACGAUAUACAGCAUAAAAAAGUACUUUCAAAGAAUCACCAAUUUCCUAAAAGAUAAGCAAUACAGCCAUUGUUCCUGGGAAGCAGUUCAAAUGGAAUUGAGUUACUGCCUAGAUUUUAUUUUUGCAUUACUUCACUAA